AUGCUCGCACAUGCAAGUACUGCUCGUCCACGCACAACUUCCUCGGCAGUCUCAUCACCCUGGCAGGGACAAGGACCCGUCACUCGACUGAAAGAGCGAAAAGACCAUGCAGCAACGCCCAAAGCCAGUACACGUCUCCAUCAAACAACCACCGGUGGACCUUUAUACGAUGGGUCAGCCUUGACGGCUGCAUUGGAAACAAAAGCUACGCAGCAGGAGUAUGAUUCACUUGGUCCUAGGAUGUAUGCGCAUGAGAUGACUGGACAUUACUCGGAUGAUGCGCGUCUUGCAGGCAGUAGCUUUAUGAGCAUGUCGAGUUCUGAUUCGUCGGAUGAUGAUGAAGAAGAGGAGUUGCUUGCGGGUGCCGGUCUCAAGCAGCCUAAACACGCUGGUCGUGGAGAUGCUGCUGCUACUGGAAGUGGCACCAAAGGUUUCUUAUCAGGUGGAUCAUCAGAGACCUUUCCAAACUUUGACUUGGUCCAAUUCAAAGUCUCCUCGCCACCGGUCGAUGCACGUCGUCCAAGUAUGUUUGAUCGACUUGGUGCAAUAUUCGCUGAACAAGAUUGGCGAGACUUGCCCAUCACACAUGCUGAGCACUGUCCCCGUGGAAAGCGAAAGAGUGGAGAACGUAAGAAACACAAUUCAAAAGCAGCAGACGCUGCAGUGGCCUGUUCACCCAUCUUGAAGAAAGCUGGGACGGCAUUUGAUUGGUCUGCGUAUGGUUUUGACUUCGAUAAAGUUGAGUCGGCCAACUUCAAGCACCUGCAAGGUGAAUCAUACUUGAGUGAUGUGUUGAGCAAGCAAGUUGCAGGAGGAAAGACCUCGACGGAUCAUCUGGUUUUGCAUGCUUCACAAAAGGUCUCGAUGGAGUAUGACUUGGAGAAGCGAGAGAAAUCCCUACGUUCGCACAUCCAGACGUCAAUGCGCAAGAAGGGCAGGAGGCAGCGUACGUCGAGCAAAGGCAGCAGUAUCGCGUCUCAUGCUUGA